AUGGCGUUUUCUCGCGUUUUGGUUCCAAUGACAAAAGUUGUUGACAGAGUGCUUUUACGUCGAUGUGCCGCCGUGUCCACACUUAAAACUACCUCGGAACCUGCGCACAAACUAAAGGUAACUAUAAUCCCAGGAGAUGGAGUUGGUCCAGAGCUUAUAUAUAGUGUGCAAGAUAUUGUGAAAAAUACGGGAAUUCCGCUAGAUUUCGAAGAAAUCUUCUUAUCCGAGGUGCACUACACGCGAUCUGCUUCUAUAGAAAAUGCUGUGAAAUCAAUUGCUCGAAAUAAUAAUGUUGCUCUCAAAGGUGCUAUACAAGAAUCCGCUGUCCUUCACACUGAAGGAGAGCUUAGUGGAUUGAACAUGCGUCUUCGACGAGCCCUUGAUCUCUUCGCUAAUGUUGUCCACAUCAAGUCCUUGGAGGGAAUCAAAACUCGGCAUGGAAGGAAGCUAGAUUUCGUCAUUGUCCGUGAACAAACCGAGGGAGAGUAUUCGAGCCUUGAACACGAGCUCGUCCCUGAAAUGAACAAGAAGGAUGAGUGCAUUGCUAUCACAAACGAGUUAUCCCCAUAUCAAGACUAUGCGGGUUUUGAUCUAAGGGCGGGCCAUGACGUCCCUAUAUAA